AUGAAGGAAUUAAUGCACCAGAAGUUUGUCCCUGCUCAUUACUUUAGGGACUUACACAACAAAUUGGCAAGAUUAGUGCAAGGAGGGAAAAGUGUAGAAGCUUACUACAAGGAGAUGGAGAUGUGCAUAGCUAGAGCUAAAAUUGAAGAAACUGAAGAAAUCACCAUGUCCAGGUUCCUUAGAGGUCUGAAUAGUGAGAUUGCCGAUGCUUUGGAGAUGUAUCACUGUGAUACAAUUGAAGAAAUGGUAGAUAUGACAAUGAAGUUAGAGAGACAGAAAAAGGGGAAGUUCACCAACAAGUAUUCUAGCAAUACUUCUGGAUCUAAAUGGUCCAAAGGAGGUGACAGAAGAGAUUUCAGAAGCAAUAGUUCCCAAAGGGCAGAAUCAUCGUCCAGAGGUAAAGAGGUUGCCCAAUCUACAUUCAAGGGUAACAAAGGUACUUCUAAUCCUAUAACCCUUCUAGAGAGAUUAAAUGCUUUAAAUAUUUAGGUAAAGGGCAUAUUGCAUCUCAGUGUCCUAAUAAGAGGCUUAUGAUUGCUAAGGAUGAUGGGGAUAUUAGUUCUGAAUCUGAAUAUAGUGAUUCUGAUGAUGUGCCACAUUUGCAUGAUGAUGAUAAUGAUAUUUUGGAUGUGGAUGAGCAUAAUCUGUUGUUUGCUAAACAUGGAGAAUCGU